CACGCGCACUUCGACGUCAACAAAGGCCAGAAAACUGGAGAAUUGAUUAUUGGCAAUAAUAGUGCCCGAAAUGACCAAUAAUUUAGACAAUCAAGCUAUUCUACGGAGAGUUGGACGAUUUUUUGGUGAGCAGCAACCCAUAUGCCCUAAUAGUAUCCUACUAAAUGCCUCGAAAACUACAACAUUCGGGCGAACGGUCGCAUCAAAUGUACGACUUCUUUCCUGCAAGGUGCCCCUUAUGAUAUCACGUAAACACGCGUCGGUAACAUUUCAAGAUGAAAAAUGGACGAUUAUAGACCAUAAUGUGAGUGCAUUGCUACUGAUUGUGUUGGAUUUUAGGAAAUUUUUGUUUUUGGUGUUGAAUUACAACGGGAAAAGGCUCAAAUUUCUGCAAUUGGGCGGGAAAUAUUUUGUUAGUGUAUCUUGUAGCUAAAGUUGUAUCACAGAAUAGACUACACAAAAGCCUGACUUCUUGGUUUUUACUAUGAUUUUCCAAUAAUUUUGGCAUAACUGUAAUUCAUCAUCAAAAUGCUGACGCCAUUGGCGUAGCCAGUGCACGUUUGAGAGCCAUUCACCCCCCUGAAAAUAUUUAAAAUGGCGGACGUCCAGGGGAGAAUGCCUCUCAUAAGUGCACUGACAAGGCCCAUGGCAUUAGCAUUUUGAUGAUGAAUCAUGGCGUGGUAUUGGUAAUUACUUGAGUCGACCUUCUGUAUGCAGUAUGUCUUUAUUCUGUGUUUGUAUGCCCUACUGGUACGUAAACAGUUGAUAUGAAUAACACUUUUAAUUGGUUACCUUGUAACAUGUCACAGUGCAGAGUACACAAUGUAUAUGAUGUAUGACUUUUGUACAAAAUACAAUAUAAAGGAAAUUUUACAUUUUACCCAGUUGACAUUAAUGAUCACUGAAUACACAUAUGCAAUAAAAGUUAUUGAAUAAUUACACACCAUCAGACACUUGCAUUACUUGCUACAUUACUUACUAGAAAACCUACAUAUUGUCAGGCUGUCUCUGAAAGUUGCUAUUGAUAACUGUGGGUGCCCUGUGGCCACAUCUCUGAGGACUCAUUUCACAUCCAGAUAUUAGGGCCCACGAAGCAUGGUUACCUGUCGGCAAAAUCUGCAUGCAUGUUACCUAUUUCUUAACAAUUUUUAUGACCAUGCCUCAACCACACCCGGUUUGGUGGAAAAAGUAAGGCCUUUACCCACCCACCCAAUUAUUACACUCGCUAUGCUCCUUGCCACCAGAAAUCUCUCAACACCUCAGCAUACAAUGUUGCCCUAAAUUGACCAUAGAGGUGCUUAGGUCACACAACCAUCUAAUCAUUAGGUAUAUGCAAUGCAUUGUGGGAUACAUGGGUCAAAUAUUCAUUGUUUGACUGUGACAUGACAUAAUGACUUCUAAGGUCAAUUCCUGGCCAGAUUUGCCUUUGAUAAUUAUUUAUACUGUAUAUAUUUCUUAAGAGUCUAAAUGGGGUGUUCUUGAAUGGACAGAAACUGCCGCCCAACAUAUCACAGGAAAUAAAGCCUGGGGAUCGCAUCUGUUUUGGCGUAGCCAUAGAAAACAAUGUUCAUGAAUUUGAUUAUUCCUUUGAAAUGGCACCUUGUAUGAAAAAACGUAGAUUGGAGUUUGGAGAAGGGAAUGAGAAAGAACCAAAGGUUCGAAAAAUACUGAAGAAAUGUGAUGAUGGGAACAGCGAAAAUGUACCUGGACCAAGUGGGGAAAAUUUGAAGGUUUGUCAUGAAGCUCUUCCCCUUGGAAUGGAAUUUAAUUGAGCUGCAAUGUUACCCACUUUGUUUUGUUAUCACUCUGACUGUAAAAUGCCAGACUUUUGUAUUUAUCCAUAGGGUAGUGAAAUAGAGUUGAUGUAUCAUAACACAUCAUUUGUAUCUUGUUCUCUUUAUAAUUUAUGUUUUUGUUUUACAUUUCUUAAAAUUGUGUUCUUGUGAAGGAUUAUAAUGUUACUCUUCAAGGAAAACUGUUGGGUAUGGCUGAGUUUACCAGACUAUCCGCUGAUACCUCUUGUUAGUCCACAUACUAGCUGCAAUGCACUCUUCAUUGUUAACUUUUAUUUAUACUGGAUUUCUAUCAGUUCUUAACUGUUCUCCCUAUGGUCUGGUAGGGGCUACCUAGUGUUACUACAUGAGGAAACCAGCCUGGGGCCGGUUGUAUCAAGCCUGUUUAACUUAAACUGUGGUUAAGCUCAAAAUAGAAAGCAAGUCUAUAGAUUCAUUCAACAACCAAACUAAAAGUUUUGAACCUUAAUAGAAUGAUAAUGUUUACAACUACAUAUUCAUUGCAGAAUAUUUAAGUUGACUGAUUCACGAGAGAGAAAAGAGUGUUAUUUAAUUUUGACUUAUCCACCGUUUAAUUAAGCGAAACGGGCUUGAUAUAAUCGGACCGGCCCAGAACUAAAAAUGAUUUUUUAACCUCUCAGUGGUCCUAUAAAGGUCAUUUUUUAUUGUAAUUUCAGUGUUACUACAAGAGGAAACAGGUGUAACUGGGAAAAAGUGCGGCAUUUGGUAUACAAGUCAAUGUAGAAACACGCUUCUAACAUGCAAUUGUGUAUAACUAUAAGUUGUUGUUUAGGAGAAUUCUAAAACGACAGCUUGUAAAAUUCAAGAAUCAGAAAAAAAGAUUGAAGGUUUAAACCAUUUACUUGCGGAAAAAGAGAGAGCAUAUCAAAGCCAACUGGAACAGAAAGAGAAAGACCUUGCUGAACAAUUGCUUCAGCAGAAAGAGGGGUUAGAGCGGGAAAAAGAGGAACAGGAGAAGCACUUGAUGGGAUUGCUGCAGGAUAAGCUAAGAGACAAAGAGAGGGAUCUCAGUGAUCAAUUAGAACAACAGAAAGCAAUUCUGCUGGCUGAAAAAGAAAAAGUGGAAAAUAAUUUAAUGGAAGAAAUGAACAGGAAAAUGGAAGAGAAGGAUAAGGAAUUGACAACGCAACUAGAAGCACAACGAAAUUGCUUGGAAAAUACCUUACAACAUAAAGUUGCUGAACAAAUACGUUUACAGGUAAAACCAGUUUUACAGGUAGGCCUAAAACCUGUUUCCAUUUGGUCGUUGUUGUUACAAUCAUGUCAAGGUGAACAAUGUGCAGGGUUCGUAGCGGUCUUUGAAAUCCUUGAAAGUCUUUAAAUUUGAAUGCAGGUCUUUAAGGUCUUUGAAAAGUCUUUGAUGUGUGUGAAAAAGCGAAGAAAGUCUUUAAAAGUCUUUAAAUUCUUUAGUGAUUAUUUGAUUAUACCAUUUUCUAACUAAUAAAAUAGAUUGAUUGAAGCAAAAUUUGACGAAAAAGUGCAUUUUAGGAUGUGAUUUGACGGGACUAAUUACCUGGUAAAAAUGGUGCUUAUACAUCGCAAUUUUUCGACACCUGAUUGCUCACAAAGGUCUUUGAAAAGUCUUUGACAAUAGGCAGAAAAAAUCUUUGAAAGUCUUUGAAAUUUUUUGGUCUUGGAGACUACGAACCUUGUCAUUGUACAGUGUUGCCAUGUCUGUAAUAAAUUGAUGCCCAACCGGGAAAAAGUGCGGCAUCUGGUAUACAAGUCAAUGUAGAAACACGCUUCUAACAUGCAAUUGUGUGUAACUAUAAGUUGUUGUUUAGGAGAAUUCUAAAAAGACAGCUUGUAAAAUUCAAGAAUCAGAAAAAAAGAUUGAAGGUCUAAACCAUUUACUUGCGGAAAAAGAGAGAGCAUAUCAAAGCCAACUGGAACAGAAAGAGAAAAACCUUGCUGAACAAUUGCUUCAGCAGAAAGAGGGGUUAGAGCGGGAAAAAGAGGAACAGGAGAAGCACUUGAUGGGAUUGCUGCAAGAUAAGCUAAAAGACAAAGAGAGGGAUCUCAGUGAUCAAUUAGAACAACAGAAAGCAAUUCUGCUGGCUGAAAAAGAAAAAGUGGAAAAUAAUUUAAUGGAAGAAAUGAACAGGAAAAUGGAAGAGAAGGAUAAAGAACUGACAACGCAACUAGAAACACAACGAAAUUGCUUGGAAAAUAUCUUACAACAUAAAGUUGCUGAACAAAUACGUUUACAGGUAAAACCAGUUUUACAGGUAGGCCUAAAACCUGUUUCCAUUUGGUCGUUGUUGUUGCAAUCAUGUCAAGGUGAACAAUGUGCAGGGUUCGUAGCGGUCUUUGAAAUCCUUGAAAGUCUUUAAAUUUGAAUGCAGGUCUUUAAGGUCUUUGAAAAGUCUUUGAUGUGUGUGAAAAAGCGAAGAAAGUCUUUAAAAGUCUUUAAAUUCUUUAGUGAGUAUUUGAUUAUACGAUUUUCUAACUAAUAAAAUAGAUUGAUUGAAGCAAAAUUUGACGAAAAAGUGCAUUUUAGGAUGUGAUUUGACGGGACUAAUUACCUGGUAAAAAUGGUGUUUAUAUAUACAUCGCAAUUUUUUGACACCUGAUUGCUCCCAAAGGUCUUUGAAAAGUCUUUGACAAUAGGCAGAAAAAAUCUUUGAAAGUCUUUGAAAUUUUUUGGUCUUGGAGACUACGAACCUUGUCAUUGUACAGUGUUGCCAUGUCAGUCUGUAAUAAAUUGAUGCCCACAGUCGUCAGCCCUUCUCGUAGCCAUAGGAACAUCUUCCUCUUUCCAGGUAUAGUUCAGACACAAACCACGACUGGCUUAUUGUAGAAUACUACAUUCACUGGGUUCACGUUUGAGAUAUCUUUUUCAGGUAGUUCAGACGCAAGUUCAGCUUAUUGUAGAAUCACUGGGUCUCCACCUUAAUUGGGAUAUCUUUUUCGGGUAGAUUAGACACAAACCACAGCAGCUCAGUUAUUGUGGAAUACUACCUACACUUGACCACCACGUUUACAAUUAAAAAACUCAUUUUUACAGGAAGAACUAACAAGAAACAAAAUAGAGCGAGAAAAACUAGAGGGCUUGCAAGAAAACGAGAAAAAACUGGAAGGAAAUUUAGAAUUUCUUAGAAAGGAAUUGCUGGCGAAACAGGUACAAUUAGAGAAACAGGAAGAAAUAACUAGAAAAGCUGACGAAAUGGCGAAAAAAGGUUUAGUCGAACAGAUGGAGGACGAAUUCACUUGUAUAAUCUGUCAGGAGUUGUUCAUCCAAGCAACGACCUUAGCUUGUUCUCAUUCGUUUUGUGAUUAUUGUUUAAAAUCGUGGCUUAAAAAGAAAAUGACAUGUCCCAUAUGUAGAACGGACAUUAAAGGAACUUUCGUCAGGUCUAGAGUGCUGGACAGUGCAGUUGAGAAAAUAGUGGAAACGAUGGAUGAGGAGACGAAGACACGAAGACAGGCAGUCUCUGAAGAAAGGAAAAGGAAAGGGAUAGGUAGGAAUUUCCAGGCACUAGAAUUUUGAAUUCCUAGGAGGCUUUUUGAAAGACGUAUGUGGCUAUAUUCUGUAAUGAAGGUACCACUCACGAGGGGUUUUGAAAUUCAGACCUUCUGAACUGGCAUUUCCAGCCAUUUUGGGGAGCUGUUUUGGAGAUUUUUUUAUAUUAUCCAAAUAUUUAACGAAGAAUAUCGUGUAAAAUGUGUUAUCUAAAAACAGGAAACCUUGGCCUUGACAUUUCUAGAGUAAUGAGGAAAUAUUUUGGGUUGUAAUUUCGAGAAACAACUGGCGGUUGUCUACGCUGCCUGCUUGUAUUGGGAACCCUGCUUUGGGCAAUAAGAUAGUUCGAAAGUUAGUUAAGCAGUUGUAAAGACAAAUAGAACAGCUAUUUGCAUUAUAGACUAAAUUUUGGUCUAGACAAACAUUUCAUCACAGCUUGAAAGAGCAUCACAAAAUUAGUAAUAUUCCAAAGUUUCGUUGCGAAAUGUUGUAAAAUGCGGAUAAUAUAGCCCUGCAAAAUUUGCAAUUUUCAGUCAUUUUGUAUUAAAAACGGGAAAUUGAUGCCCCAACACCCGAUUGGACUGUCAAUUUCCCAUUUGUAAUACAAUAUGACUGAAAAACGGCAAACUUCGCAAGGCUAUAUUAUCCGAAUUUUACAACAUUUCGCAACGAAACUUUGGAAUGUUACUAAUUUUGUGAUGCUCUUUGAACCUCUUUCAAGCUGUGAUGAAAUUGUUGUCCAAACUUGUCUAGAACAAAAUUUAGUCUAUCAUGCAAAUGGUCCAUUAAAUCAUGCAUAAUUUCACUCCUGUCAAAACUAUUCUCAAUCUGCAGAAGUAACCAUUAUCAAUGACAGUCCUCCUGGCGUUAUUCCCGUGGUCGGUAACCAAGGCAACCCUAUUGUUGUUCGUAACGAUGACGUGCAAUUCAUGGAGCGUCGUGUACCGCCCAUAUUCAUUCCACGUGCAAUGUUGCGCCCUGCGGGUGCCCAGCUGGAAGGUCGGGCCCAAGCUGUCCCGGUUAACCCAGUACGGAGGAGACGGCCGCAUGGAAACAACGGGAAUCCUUACAGAGCACAGAAUAAUGAUCAUUGUUUUAACUGUGGUAAGUCACGAUAUACAACCAAUGUCGAAACUGUCCUUUGCUUUCGAAGUGUGAUUUUGUGGGGAAACAAUGUUUCCUGCCUUACCUACCUUCGGGAAACAGGGCUAGCCCACCUUCAGGAAACAGGGCUAGCCCACCUUCAGGAAACAGGGCUAGGAAACAAUGUUACUACUUUUCUCACCUUCGAGAAAGAUGAUCAAGAAACCAUGUUUCCUGGUUUGUCCACCUUCGAGAAACAUGGCUAGUAACAAUAUUUCCUGGUUUGCCCAUCUUCGGAAAACUUGGCUUACCGGUAUAGGAAACCAUAUUUCCUGGUUUGCCCAUCUUCGAGAAACUUGGCUAGAAUGCCAUAUUUCCUGGUUUGCCCAUCUUGGGGAAGCAUAGCAUAAUUUGCCCAGGACUUAACAUUUUUUACGUGUUUUAGGUAUGAGAGGUCAUUGGUCCCGAGCUUGUCCAUUCAGGCAAUGACAGAAAUUUUACCUUAAACUAUUUUUAGAUACUCUGGGAUGUAAAUAAUAGUAUAUUUGGGUUUAUAAAUAACGAAUAUAUGUACAUUCUAACUAGAUAUAUCUAAAAUUUGUAUAUUCUAACAACGUUUAGAAACACUUUUGUUGGUUUAGAUUUAAAAAAAUUAUAUAUGUACACAG